AUGCCGACUAUUGAAAUCAUGAGGGAUACCUUUGCAUCCGGAAUUGGUUCAAAUGAAGAAGUUGAAAUUGUCAUUGCUUCACCUUAUGGUCAAUUGGCUGACAAGCAAACAAGAAUUAGACACUUAAAAUUGUAUCAAGCUGCACUAAGUGGUGAUUGGAGCAUGGCUGAGGGUAUUUACAAGAAACAUAAAAAUGAUAUAAGAGCGAGGAUAUUAAAGGACGGGGACACUGCUCUCCAUAUUGCAGCUGCAGCAGAGCAAACUGAUUUUUUGAAAAAGCUGGUGGAUAAUAUAAAUAAAGAGGAUUUAGCUACUACAAAUUAUGCAGGCACUACAGCUUUUUGUCUUGCUGCUGUGUCUGGAAAUGUGGAACAUGCUCAAGUGAUGAUGGAUAAGAUGAAAAAAGAGGAUUUAACUACAAAGAAAGGAGCUGGAAAAACAGCUUAUUGUCUCUCUGUUGAGUCCCAGAAGGUGGAACUUCCCAACAUGAUAGAGGAGAGUACAAACUUAGCUGAUGUCCUGGAAAGGAGUAGAAACUUAGCAAUGAUCCGAGGUAGAAAUGAGAUGUCACCACUUUACAUGGCCGCUCUGUUUGGCCAUAAAGAGAUGGUACAGUUCCUUUAUAAGGCCACUGAUGACGAGUCAUUACACGACAACGACCGCAUUGAAUUGCUUAUCACUCUAAUAAGCAACGGUUUGUAUGUUAUUCUUUUAAGGAACACUGUGAAUUCCCAUCAGGAGAGAUAUGAUUUGACAAAACAAAUGAAAGAACCCUUUCAUAACACAAGUGGCUUGCCAGAGAAACACCCGGAGUUAGCCGUCGCUUGUGAUGGAAAUGAGGAGACAGCAUUGCUUGCCUUGGCUCAAACGCUUAUUGCCUCUCAAAUUCAGCAAGGAUUUUGGAAACAACGUGUCAAUUUGUUUUCAGGUGCCAACGCCAAGUUGCCUCCAAAAGCACUUGAACUAAUCCGAUGCCUUUGGGAACAAAUCAUAUUGUCACAUGACUCUGCAGUUUCAAAUAUUAUUAAAACUGCCCGACAACUGAUAUUUGUUGCUGCAGAACUAGGAAACAUUGAGUUUCUAACUAUACUUAUAUGUGAAUAUCCUGAUUUGAUACUGGAAGUUGAUAAAAAUAAUUAUAGCAUAUUUCAUUUUGCUGUUGUGAAUCAUCGUAAGGACAUCUUAAAACUCAUACAUGAGAUAGGUACUUUUAAGGAUUUGAUAGUUGCUUCUAAGGAUAAAAAAGACAAUAAUAUCUUGCAUUUGGCUGGAAUGUUGGCACCACCAGAUCGGCUCAAUGUUGUAUCAGGAGCUGCUCUGCAACUGCAGCGAGAGUUGCUGUGGUUUAAGGAGGUCAGUAAAAUUAUGCAUCCAUUGGAUGCCUGGGAUAAAAACAGUGAAGGGAAAACUCCUAGAGCUUUAUUUACUAAGGAGCAAGGAGAAUUAAAGGGAAAGGGAGAGAAAUGGAUGAAGGACACUGCAAACUAUUGCAUGAUUGUGGCAACUCUUAUUGCCACUGUGGUUUUUGCAGCAGCUUUCACUGUCCCAGGUGGCACCAAAGACGAGACAGGGACUCCUCAUUUUGUUCAAAAAACUUCCUUCAAAAUUUUUGUUUUUUCAGAUGCAGUUUCGCUUGUAUCUUCUGCUUGCUCCAUCUUAACCUUUUUAUCCAUUCUAACUUCCCGGUAUGCAGAAGAAGAUUUCCUCUCACAGUUACCAAAAAAGCUGGUUGCUGGACUUACAACACUUUUAUUAUCAAUAGCAGCAAUGAUGGUAGUGUUUUGUGCGACUAUUUUCAUUGUUUUCAAAGAUGGAGUGCUGUGGGUUCCUAUUCUUGUUACUGUAAUCACUUCUAUACCAGUCCUUUUGUUCACUAAGCAACAAUGGCGUCUCCUUUUUGAUGUGGUGCGUUCUACAUAUGUAAGUAGCUCUCUUUUCCAGCCACACAAACGUGCCAAGGGAAAGCAAUGGAGCCAAAGAAGAGGAAGUAACUCAGUGUACUGA